AUGUAUAUCUGGAAAUCUUUGCCAACUCUGAACAUUGGCUCCGAGGUGCACUGGCUUACAUCACGCGAAAUUGGUCAACCUGGAGAUGGCUUAAUACCUUUUGUAGACAAGGUAUUCAGCCAGCGUGACCGCUCUGAUAUUCAACGGUUUCAAAUUCAUUGCAGUGAUAUGCACAUUAAUAUUAGUUCUGAUCACAUUUAUAGAUGGAUUGCAUCUGCUGUAAGUCUCAAUGUUCAAGAGCUACGUAUUACUAUUGAGGCCAUUGAUGUUAGAGGUGAUUUUGAGUUUCCUUCUUGCUUGGCUACUUGUAAAUCGUUGUCGGAGUUGGAGUUGGUCUUUAUUACAUGUCGAUAUUGUGGAGACAGAAAGAAGAUUAUCCUACCUGUCUCAAUUAGUUUACCUCGGAUGAAAUCAUUGCGUCUCACUCUUCGGUCAUUAGUGUUUGAUGAUGAGAAUUUGGCGAAUAAGUUCUUCUCAAGUUGCCCUGCUCUUGAGUCGCUAAAAAUGUUCUGUCAAUUUUCUAAUAUGAAACCCAUUGUUUCCUUCCCUCAACUCAAACGUUUUGGAUAUUAUGAAAUUGGAAAUAAUGAUAGUAUUCAACUAUGUGCUCCCAAUCUUACAUGCCUCAGAUUUCAUGGUUGCAUAUCAAGUGAUUAUAGUAUGGAGAAUCUUGCUUCUCUAACUAGUGCUGAUAUAUUCAUGUUCAUUAACAACAAUGAAGAUGGUAUACGAGGGAAACAGUGGAAGAUUUCUGCUCAGAAGAAGCGCUUGUAUGCUAACAAAAUGAUGAAACUCUUGAGAGGGUUAUAUAACGUGAAAGAUUUGAGAUUAAGUGAGUAUAUACUGAAGGUAUUGCAGCUACCUAGCGUUCUUUGCUCUAUGAUAAAUGCAUUAGUUGUAUCUUACAUUUUAUAA